GUUGCGUGAAGCACAAUGUCGGCCCACAAGACUUUCAUCAUCAAGCGAAAGCUUGCCAAAAAGUUGAAGCAAAACAGACCGAUUCCCCAAUGGGUCAGAAUGCGCACGGGUAACACCAUCAGGUACAACGCUAAGAGGCGUCACUGGAGGAGAACCAAGCUAAAGUUGUAAACACUGACACUUAUGAUGUAUGUGUUUUGCUGGGCGAAAUAAAUUUUCUUUAAAAAUUUAAUUGUUUAUGUUGCCUUUUUUACAAACAUCCAUGGAAGAAACGUCAUUUUACUUUAAAUUGUAAGUUUAAAGUAUAAAACUGAAUGAAUUGAAAUAAAUAAACCAUUUAAAGAU